UACAGUUUGUCCCCAGUCAUUUUUCUACAGCAGCCAGGAUGACAAAACUUGUGUCGCUGGUGGCGGCACGUUCAUUUAUAGAGCGAUGUAUGACAGCCAUAGGAACUGAACCCAAACACAGUGUAGCUAUGGCCAAUAUGCUCAUAGAGGCUGAUAUUAGAGGCCAUUUUACUCACGGGCUCUACAGAUUAGAAAUGUACAUGCGUGACAUUGAAAAUGGCGUUACGCAAGCCAGAGGCGAACCGAGUCUUGAAAAGGAUUUUGCAGCGACUGCGCUCGUGGAUGGUAACAAUCUCCCGGGUGUUGUUGUUGGUAAUUAUUGCAUGGAUUUAGCCAUCAAAAAAGCAAAGGAUUAUGGAAUUGGCUGUGUUGCGUGCAGAGGUUCGACACAUUUUGGUAUAGCUGCUUGGUACAGCGCUCAAGCACUGCAGCAUGGAAUGAUAGGCGUGAGUUUGUCAAACACUUUCCCUGUGGUGGUACCAACUAGGGCGGCCAAGCCAUCUAUUGGAACAAAGCCAUUGUCAGUUGCCGCCCCAGGGAGGGAAGGCGACAAUUUUCUCCUGGAUAUGGCUACGUCAGCAGUGGCAUUUGGAAAGCUCAGAAUGUGUCGUGUUAAAGGAAUUGAAAUGCCUCAAGGAUGGGGUGUCGACUCGAAAGGACUGGAAACUGUUAAUCCUGUAGAAGCAAUGGAUCGGGGUGGACUUUCUCCCCUUGGGGGAGCGGAAAUUACUGGUGGUUACAAGGGUUUUGGAUUAGCCAUGAUGGUGGAUGUCUUUUGUGGGAUUUUAUCGGGAUCUGCUUUUGGAACAGACAUCAAACGCUGGAAGGGACAAGAAGAGAGAAUACAUAAUUUGGGUCAUUGUUUCAUAGCAGUUAAUCCUAAAGUAUAUACUGACGGAUUUGAGGAUCGUAUGCAAGCUUCGAUGGAUCAGUACAGAAAUUUAGAACCGGCAGAAGGUGAGACCGCGGUUUUCGUGGCUGGAGAUCCUGAAAGAGAACACAUGCGAAAAGUUGGUCAAGAUGGGGGCAUUCAUUACCACGAAAAUGUGCUGAAAUCCAUGGAUAAAAUUGCUGACAGAUUAGGCGUAGCCUACCUAUUGAGGCAAUAAAGGUCUUACCUGAUAAAAAUAAAUAUGAAACAAAUAUAAUAGAAAUCUAAUAUAAAAUAAAAAUUCAUUGACUGACUAUUGGCAAAUCAGACAGACCUAUAUCACCUCGUCUUUUCUUUGUGCGCCACUGACUGUUUGGCAUAGAAACCAUCUUAGACCAUGACUGUUAUCGUACAACACUACCUCCGCACGCACACACGACUCAAAUCUUUCCAGAGUUCAUGGUCUUGGAUGGCUUGGUUUACUUUAGUUUAGUUUAUCAACUUAAUUGGUCUCAUAAGUAAGAUACAUGUAUAGUAAAUCACUGGUAGAAAUAAAAAGACCAAAAGAGAUAGCGCGAACGGGAUAAGUAUCCCAAAUUCUGAUUAAAAACUCUGAUAAGAAAUUUAAAUUUUAAUAAAAUUACAAUAAAUCUAAUUAACUAUUAUAGUGUACAAUAAAGUGUAAAGAGACAAUAUCGAA